AUGAAAAGAACGGCCAAGCGUUGUUCUGGAGGCACGUUGUAUUCGAUCGAUAAAUACGUACCUAUAGGUCGCCCGCUCGUUUGCACGUGGGGCGGGGCCAAUCAGUUCCGGGAUCCCGCCGUGAACUCGACACAACACCUACCAAUUUCCCAGGGGACCAUCGCCCUACCCAUCCUCCGGUUCCUGAUGAAUGAGGAAGAGCAGGACGAGGACGGUUUUGCGGAGCCGCUACAAGCACAGCAGAGGGCGUCCAGUUACACAGUCGAAACACCACCCGACCGACGUCUAAUCAGCGGUGGCACCUUGCUCGGCAAGACCGAUACCCUUUUGGCGGGUUGCCUGGCUCUCACGAAACUCCCGUCUCAGAAGCCCUUACCUCACUCGCGGCUUACUAUCCCCCCUUUCUGCCUGACACUGCUCACUCUGACUCACUCUGCGUGUCCCCGUAUCUCCUCCACAUCACUCUACCUCACCAUCGAACCUCUCUCUCAGCCAGAGUUCACUUUGGGAAACCAGCUCCCGCAGCGACGCAAGCCGGCUUCCGGGUUGGACGUGUUUACCACUUUCAAGACCUCACCCCCCCCCUCCCAAACACACUAG